AUGUCUCGUUGCGCAGAAGCAAUAGUUCGAGUAAGCGAUCUUUCCGACGACAUUCUGUAUCACGUCCUCUCGUCACUCCGCGACGCAAAACUCGUCGUCCAAACCAGCGUCCUCUCGAAGAGGUGGAGGUACCUGUGGAAAGACGUCGGCAUCCUCAAUCUCCACGAGCGAGGGCUGCAGAACUUUCCUACGCAACUUUCUUCCCCUUCAAUCGAAACACGCAACCGCCGACAUGGUUAUUAG